AUGAGCGAGUCAGAUUCAAUUUACCAAUACUUGUUAUCUGCCUAUGCACCUUUACCAAAUGACGGACAACAAGAUAAUUCACGAGGACGAGGUGACGUUAACUCACCGACCAAUACAAAUGAUCGAGCUACUCAAACCAAUAGGAAAUCAAGCGGUAGCAGCAACAGUGCUACUUGUAGUGGUAGUGGUAGUCGAUCUCGGAAGGUCAACAACUCCGAUUACAUCAGGAAAGCAGACUCGUAUAGUACUAGGAGAAACGUGAAUAAUUAUCAUUAUGUAGAUGGCAAAAAGGUUUUCGGAUUUGUCAAUAGUGCUAAAACCACCUCGGGCACGAACAGACCUAGAUCAAGGACUUUACCUUCCAGUUCAAAUUCUACUUCCGCAACUGCGGAUACAGAGCAUGUGGCAGAGGCCAUGGUCACUUACCAUGAUCGAGGAACUAGUAUGCCUAUGCAACAACAUGGAUUAUAUACGGAUUUUAACUUUGAAGGAUUUCAGACUGAACCGCAAGGUUUGCAUAUGGAUAGGAUGUUAUCUGAUCAAGGUCUUAACAUGACUACCACCGGGUUCGAUCAACUUUCACUGACUAGUGUGAACCAUCAACAAGACCAAAACAAUCACGAUUGGUUAUUUCCUGAUCUUGCAGACCAACCUGGUAGCAACCCAGUCGAGAUCGCGUAUGAACAUAACGUCUUGGGAUACUUACCUUCAUCCUCUUCCACUGCUGGGCCGUAUACUGCCCUGCCUGAAGGAUAUUACAACGAUAUCACCACCAGAAACCAAUUCCAAGCUUAUUCUCAAGGAUUUGUGACGAGUGACAAUCAUCCGCAAGCAGUCCGAUCUCAUCCUCCAGGUCAAUUCGAUAAGAGAAGCAUGAUGUGUGACAUCACUUUCAAGUAUUACGAUCCGUCCAUUCCGCUCGAUAAUCAGACUGGUGACAACACGACCCAGACCACUUUCAUCAAUAUUCCUGGUAAUAGAGGAAGGGACAUGGAGGGUGAGGUCAAUAGUUGGGUUAACAUCGAGGUUGUCAAACGACAACAACAACACACAAGACAGUGUUGA